AUGGAUUACCUUCCGGAAGACGAUGUACGCCUUCAAUCCGAGGAGGGCUUAAGACGAUUUCAAGCCGGUCAAUUAGCAGAAAAGGAUGAAGAAUGGCACAGACUGGUUCCUCACGAGGCACAGGAAGCACUCGGUAAAAAAGAGGUCGAGCGGCAAUCAGUUCUGUUCGAGGUUUUCAAGUCAGAAAGAAACUACGUGGAAGAUCUCAAACUUGUGACGGAGGUAUUUUGGAAUUUGGAUCGGAUCUUAGUGCACCAUGAGCAUAUGCUGGCUGCGCUCUUUGAACGCCAAUUGGAUCAGCAUCCGCUAAUACAGAGCGUGACUGACAUUGUUCUUGAAACCUGUUUUCAGUUCCAAGGGGAGUACGAAUCCUACAUCAAACAUUAUCCACUUGCAGAAGAGCGGCACCGCACUGAACUUACGUUCAUGCAACGAUGUUCUCAAGAUCCUCGGGUGCGCAAGCGCGAUAUGAUCACCUUCCUUUCCCGACCAGUGACUCGCCUCCCACGCCUGAAUCUGAUCCUCGAGCAUAUUCAGAAGAUCACGGAGCCAGGCCAUCCAGAUCUUGAAGACCUGCCGCUUCUGUUAAGCAUCUUGAGCGACUUCCUCAAGAGCACUCAACCUGGUAUUGCAGCUGCAGAGAAUAGAGUAAAAUAUUGGAAUGUCUGUGAAAGCUUAGUGAUGCCCAAGGGAGAAAUAAUUGAUUUGGAUUGGUAUGACGAAAGUCGGUCACUGGUGUACUCUGGCCCCCUCGCACGAAGGUCCAAGUCCGAAAUGGACUGGCAUCCAUGGAAUGAUUUAUUCGUUGCUCUACUCGAUAACUAUCUGUUGCUCACUAAAGAGGAGAAAGGGGCGGGAGGAAUCAUGAAGCGCUACAUUAUGUCUAGACCUAUACCCUUAGAAUAUCUCAAACUAGGAAGCUUCGAAGCACAGCCAGAAAGUAGGAAGGAACGGUCUGAGGAAGGAGGGAUCUUGGACAGCUUACGCGCGCAAUACAAAUCUAUAUAUCCAUUCACUGUUUAUCAUUCCGCAGACAAAUUGGUGCGGCGGUAUACUCUGUAUGCGCCGACCGAGUCGGCGAGACAGAAGUGGCGGGAUGCCCUUGUUGAGGCCAAGGGAAUAGAUGAUGUGCGACGAGAUGCAAACAAGUGGUUUGCACCGCAACUUGUUGAUGAUGGCACUUUCCGGUCACCAGGAGCUCACACUUCCCCGCGGCUUUGGAUCUCAAGCAUCAGGGAGGGUUGCCAAUGCUACUUCCGCAGGAUAUUGUCGUACGGCAAUCCUUCCUCGAUCAUAGUGUUACAAGAAUUCAAUAAGUUCAUCGUGCAUCAUGAGAGCUAUCUGCUCGCCUAUUCCUUGGAUCUUCUCGCUAGAGUCGCAAUGUAUCAGGCCCCGCCAAGUAGCUUGGACGCUUCAUUGGAGAAAAUUGCAGGGGGAGAUGGCACCGUCUUAUUCUGUUGUGCAGGACGCAUAAAACAGCGAACAAUCAUUGUUUAUGCUCUUAAAUCAUUCUUUCAAAUUACCGUGCAUGCAUUGGAGGCCUGCAACCUUUCUGACCUUCGCCGCACUCCGUCACGAGGAAGCUUUCAGGGUCCUAUAUCAUCAUUUAGACCGUUCGGCGAAGCAUUGUACGUGCCAAAAGAUGCCUACUCUGUUACCCCACUGGCCAAGACAAUUGCGAUUAGCACAGAGAAGGGUAUUGUGAUUGCUGAUCCUACCAACACAUCCAAACAGAUGGUCUCGGUUGUCCCGGACUUCAGCGGUGCAACUUCCAACACAGACAUGGCCAACCUGAAGACUCGCUGCGAGGAGUCUAAGCCCCUCGGCUUAAUUCGGACCGAAUCGGGCGAAAUAUUGGUCGUUUAUGACACUCUCGGAUGCUACAUCACGAAGCACGGCGUUCCCUCUCGGAAAGGCGGGUUUAUCCGCUGGGAGACGAAGGCUAUGUCUUUUGCCCAUCGCGGGUCUCACGUGCUGCUGUUCUCCUCUGAGUUCAUUGAAAUUCGGAGCCUCUCUACGGGCAGGCUUGACCAAGUCAUUGAAGGGAAUGACAUUCGCCUAUUGCUACACACGAACCUGAAAUCUUACCCGGUCGAUGACACGCUGCUCGUGGCGAUGCGUGGGACCAAGGACGACAAGGAUGGAGUCAGUGACAAGAUAAUAGAACUUGUUCAAACCGCAGAAUUCAGCUCUGCACAGACACCGAUGACGACCACGCCGAUGGAAGGUAUAUGGGAUGAGUGGGAUAUGUAA